AUGGCGGACAAAAUGGAGGUGGACGCCGUGAACGGCGAGAAAGAGGCAGAGACCGUCGGCCCUGCGCCAGACCUCCCUCCGGAACGAGUCAUCAUCAACAACUUCGGCCUCAUCCGCCAGGCCGUCAAUGCUUUCGACUCCCGCUUCACACUGCGCGCUCUGCGCUCCACUUCCACCCUCCGCAAGUCGGACAACUUCGCCGAAGCCAUCCUGCAGGGCAUUCGCACCGCCUUUCCCAAGCCCAACAUUGGUCCGCGAAAAGUACUGGAAGAUAUGCUGCCGGACAGUGUGAAGAGCGCACAACAUCAGCAAAAUGGCGUGGCGAGUGGCGGAAAGGAGAAGGAUGGUGGUGAUGAUCAGCAACUCCCGGAAAUCUGGGCGUAUCUUGGGGUCCUGGUCCAGGUCUACCUCUACGAUGCGAAAGAGUACGAAGACGGUGCUUCCUUCAGCACCAACUUUGUGGAGAAGAUCCGCAGCUGGAAUCGGCGGACCCUCGACCCCAUCGGCGCCAAAGCCUACUUCUACUAUUCCCUCUUCCACGAGCAGCUAUUGCCUUUGCCGCCAUCCAAACAAUCGCCCGUCAUCGAAAUCCGUCCCAAGCUCCUCGCCGCCCUACGCUCUGCCGUACUGCGAAAAGACAACGACACCCAAGCUGCGGUGACUGUGUUGCUCCUUCGCAACUACAUCAGCACUGCCGACAUUACUCAGGCCGAUCUGUUGGUCGCGCAGACGCAAUUCCCCAACAACGCCACGAACAACCAAGUGUGCCGCUACUUGUACUACCUUGGCCGCAUCCGUGCCAUUCAGCUGUCGUACACGCAGGCGCACGAACACCUCGAGUCCGCCACUCGCAAGUCUCCCACCAAUGGCCCUGCGGUAGGGUUCUACCAGCAAGCCACCAAGCUUCUCAUCGUCGUUGAGCUGCUGAUGGGCGACAUCCCCGACCGCUCACUCUUCCGACAGCCAUCCCUCGAAACCGCCCUCUACCCCUACUUCAAGCUUGUCCAAGCCGUGCGCGUCGGCGAUCUACAAGCCUUCCUCAAAUGCGUCGGCGUGAACGAAGGCCAGUUCCGCAAAGACGGCACGUACACCCUCAUCCUCCGCCUGCGCCAGAACGUCAUCAAAACCGGCGUGCGCAUGCUCUCCCUCUCCUACUCCCGCAUCUCGCUCCGCGACAUCUGCACGCGCCUGUCCAUCCCCAGCGAGGAGAGCGCGGAGUACAUCACGGCAAAAGCCAUCCGUGACGGCGUGAUUGAGGCCUCUCUCGACCACGCCAACGGCCACCUCGUCACCACGCCGCAGCGCGAUGCGUACAGCACCACGGAGCCGAGCGAGGCGUUCCAUGCGCGAAUCAGCGCGUUGUUGGGCAUGCGCGACGAGUGUGUGAUGAGCAUGCGCUACCCCAUGGACAAGCAUAAGCAGGAGAUUCAAGAGGCGGCGAAGGCGAGGGAGAGGGAGCGGGAGUUGGCGAAGGAGAUUGUGGAGGGCGAGGGUGAUGUUGGUGAUGAUGACGAUGGUGGGUUUGAGGGGAUGUGA